AACAUCAAGUAGUUGUGUUUUCAUGUAGCCACUGCUAGCUAACCUGUCAGCAAUCCUGCAUCCUAUCAACAAUGGCUGAAAUGUCUGCUAUGAAUAGAAAAUUGAUUCAGAAUCUCGCUGAAACUCUUUCUAAACAAGUCAAACACUUUAACAAAACAGAAGCAGAGUGUCUGAUCCGACUGUUCAAUGGUCUCCUGGGGGAUCAGAGUGACAGGAGGGUAGGGAAUGGCCUGGACAGAGGAAAAUUCAGGAAUAUUCUACACAACACCUUUGGAAUGACUGAUGAUAUGAUCAUGGAUAGAGUCUUUCGUGCAUUCGACAAAGACAACGACAGCUACGUCAGUGUGAAAGAGUGGAUCGAGGGACUGUCAAUCUUUCUCCGUGGGACAUUGGAUGAAAAAAUUAAGUACUGCUUCGAUGUGUAUGACUUGAAUGGAGAUGGGUACAUUUCCCGGGAAGAGAUGUUCCACAUGCUGAAGAACAGCCUGAUCAGACAGCCCACAGAGGAGGACCCAGACGAGGGCAUCAAAGACCUGGUGGAGAUCACACUCAAGAAGAUGGACCAUGACCACGACAGCAGACUGUCCUAUGCAGACUUUGAAAAGGCAGUGAGAGAUGAGAAUCUAUUGCUUGAAGCUUUUGGAACCUGCCUUCCCGAUGCCAAGAGCAUAUUGGCAUUUGAGCAGCAUGCAUUCCAGGAUACACUUGAGCGUUAAGGACAACACUACUUUAUUCAUUUUCAUGAAACUGCAAAUAUAUAUAAACAAAUAAAAAUAUAUAU